CUCUCUUCAUUGCGCCCAUCAUGUCGUUCUCAGUACUGCAGCGUGCACAAAUACCGGCGUACACGUGUCACUCCUGCCUCAUUCGAAUUGCGCGACUGUCGAGGCGGACGAUCUCGUCCAAGACAGCCAAAGAACAGAAGAGCAGCGCGGCGCUCCCAUCCUCACCAGCGCGCACGCGAUUCGCGCCCUCGCCGACCGGCUACCUCCACCUAGGCUCGCUGCGGACAGCACUCUUCAAUUACCUACUCGCGAAGAGCACAGGCGGCCAGUUUCUACUCCGAAUAGAAGAUACAGACCAGAAGCGAACAGUAGCAGAUGCGGAACAACGCCUCUUUAAAGACCUGAGAUGGGCUGGCCUGCAAUGGGACGAAGGCCCAGAAGUCGGCGGGCCGUACGGGCCUUACAAGCAAUCCGAACGGAGCGCGAUAUACCGCGAGCAUGCGCAGAAGCUCCUCGACUCGGGGCACGCCUACCGCUGCUUCUGCUCCUCCGAGCGCCUGAACGCCCUCGCCGAGCACAAGCACAAGCUCGGCCUCGCGACAGACUACGACCGUACAUGCGAGUCGAUCCCCAGAGAUGAGUCCGACGACCGCGCCCACAGACACGAGCCGCACGUCGUCCGCCUCAAAGUGCCCGACCAGUACCCCACCUACAAAGACCUCAUCUACGGCACCUUCAGACCGCUCAAGCGGCGCGGCCACGUCACAGAAUCCUCGUACGAAGACCCCAUCCUCCUCAAGAGCGACGGCCUGCCAACAUACCACCUCGCCAACGUCGUCGACGACCACCUCAUGAAGAUCACCCACGUGAUCCGCGGCUCCGAGUGGAUGCCCAGCACACCCAAGCACAUCGCCAUGUACUCGGCUUUUGGGUGGACACCGCCUGCAUUUGCACACGUAGGGCUGCUGGUCGACGAGAACGGCAACAAGCUGUCAAAGCGCAACUUCGACACAGACAUCACCGCGUUCAAGGACAUGGAGAUCUUUUCUGAGACUUUGACGAACUUUGCUGCACUGCUCGGCUGGUCGCACAAGGAAAAGAGCGACGUCCUGCCUCUCCAGCAACUCAUUGACAACUUCUCUCUGAAGUUCACCAAGGGCAACACAACUGUCACGUUCGGCAAGCUGCACUUCCUACAGCGCAAACACGCAGCUUUGCGAGCAGCCGCUGGCGGUCAACCGCUACAAGAGAUCGUCGACAAUGUAGCUGCGCUGCUCAUGGCCCAAGACUCACCCUACCAAGCAGACGAUUGGCGGCCCAUUACGGGACCGAGUCCGGACGCGUACAUUGAGAAGAUUGUCAAGGUGGAUGCGGAGAACUUUACGAACGCGAACGAGUUCCUGUACCGCAACUCGUUCUUCUUUGCCCCACUCCGGCCUUCAAAAACCGCGUCCCUGACCGCGGAGACGCCAAAGGAUGUCGUUGAGCGGAGUCGGAUGCUUGCUGAGAUCAAGGAAGAGGAGUGGGACCGCGAAACCCUGAUGGAACAGGUGCGGACUAUCAUCGACGGGCGGCCCGAGGGCAAAGCUGGAGGCAAGGACGUCUAUCACUAUCUGCGCCUGGCGUUGACGGGGCAGGACAAGGGGAUUCGGUUGUAUGACAUCAUGUUGAUUUUGGGGCGGGGGGAGACGCUUGCGAGACUGGGGGCUGAGGAGGAAGAACUUUAGGGGAGGAAGGGAUUUGUUGUAUGAUACAUGUAUACAUAUACCGUGUGUGAGCGUGAG